AUGUUAACGCUCGGGACUCUCCACCCGCUCUACUAUACCGAGCAGAAAGCAAAGAUUGGAACGAUAGAAUUGUCGCUAAAACCCAACAUUGAAAACCAGUACGCGGUUGAAAUAUCCAGCAAAUGUCUUCGAGUAGCUGAUCGUGACAUUGAUCUGUUGGAGGACACCAGAAUAAAGUGCCAAGAGGUUGCCCCUCCUGUAAUGAACGAUUCAGUCAUCAACGUUAGAAUAUCCACAGAUCCCAUGUUAAAGUUGCCUGCUCCGAAGAAAACUGAGGAAGUGAACAUUGAGAAAAUAUACUGUCAACGGUGUGCCGCUAAACUAUCAUGCAAAAAGUUCACGAGAACCCUGCCGCUUCCCUCGGCAGCAUGGCACGAGGUUACUGAUACUCUACUCUGUCAUGGGACCCACAAGACAAUGAUGAACGGCUGCUAUCCUAGACCAGGUGACUGUCUAGUGGGGGAGCAGGAGGUAUGGGUAGCCUGGGACGUGGUGGACUCGUCCCACGUUUACAUCGACAGUACCCGGGACGUGGAGCACGCGGGAACAGCACGUGUAACAGCCAGUCUCAACUGUCACCGGUGCCGAAACAGUUUGGGGCGUGUUGUGUACAACGGAGACAAGGUCGACUGGGCUAUUAUCUGGAAACACAGCAUUAAAACAACGAGUAAAGAGGUGCCGUAUCACAUAGAAUCGUACGUGGCGCACGAGCUACUGGACGCGAGCACACGGCACGUGAGCUAUAGGUUUAUAAUCCUGCCCCGCGGUACGACCACUGCCUUCAGAGGCAUCAGACUGUGGAUGAUGGGCGGAGAUCUCAACAUCACAUCGUCCCUCUCAAACGAGAUUAAUCAGGCUCUCACUCAGUUCGGGGGCUCCGUUUGUGAGAAUGACAAAGCCAUGAAGGUGCUUUAUACCAAACAUUCUGAUCUGUCGUUGGAGGGGAUCUGGGCUGACGCGGACAUUUUGUCGCUGCCUCUAGAUCUGUGUUUACAUUUGUGGUUAACUUUGCAACUCUCUUCAAUUACGCUUCCUCCCAGUAAACGCUACGCUCAGAAAUGUCGGGUUGGUUACAUUCGGUAUUCUUAACCUUCUAAGCACAUCCAUGACCAACGGUUUAGUGUUGAAUCUUAAUUUUACAAACUGAAACAAUUCUUAUAGAGUAAAAGUCGAAAUUUUGAUAGACUUUCUUCCCCACUCACUUUUAACUGCUACUUAACCCUUCUCAACAUGGCUAGUUGUUUUUGAAUCACCUUUUUCUUCGCCUUAAACCUUUUUCGAAUAUGAUUUUGUUGGUAACUUAUUAUUUUUUUUGGUGGAUUGAUAAAUAUGAGUUUUUGCUUUUAUAGCUGCCAUAUAUUUUAGCAUUUUGAUCAUGUACAAAACGAAUCUUUGCGUUGUCAGAUAUGUUGUUAAUUUGUCAUUAAUAUUGUUAUUUGAAUUUGCUAUCUUUUUA